UGAAGUUUAGCUUGAAAUAAUGGCCUAAUUUUUUCCUUCCUGGCAAGAUAAUUUUAGAUAUUGAAAAAGCACAAAAUAAAUCUCCUUCCAGACUUGAUUCCUUUGUCAAGACUUUAGAAGCAGACAGAAAUUACUACAGGAGUGAAGCUCAAAAUUUGAGAAAGAUGAUCAAAAGUACAUCUGAAGGUCCAAGCCGCCCGUCUCCAUCUUCUCGGGGUACAAACUGUGAUGUAGAGCUUUGGAAGACAAGAGACCGUGAAGAACUUAAAUGCAUGCUGGAAAAAUAUGAGCGUCAUUUGGCAGAUAUUCAGGGUAAUAUCAAGACUCUUACAUUUGAGAGAGACAAGACCUUCCUUCUUUAUGAACAGGCACAGGAAGAAAUUGCUCGACUUCGACGAGAAAUGAUGAAAAGCUGUAAGUCUCCUAAGUCAACAACAGCCCAUGCCAUCCUCCGACGAGUGGAGACUGAAAGAGAUAUAGCCUUCACUGGUUUACGAAGAAUGACCACAGAACGAGAUAGUCUGAGGGAAAGGCUAAAGAUUGCCCAAGAGACAGCAUUUUAUGAGAAAGCUCACUUGGAACAAAGGAUAGAGGAUCUGGAGUGUACAGUUCCUAAUCUUGAUGAUGAACUUAUGGAACAAAUGUCAAAUAUGACUUUGACGAAGAAAGCAAUAACCACUGUGGGAAAAGAAAUGAAAUCACUAGCAAGAAAGGCAAUAGAUACAAAAAGUGAACUUGGCAGACAAAAAGCAGAGAAUAAUUCUUUGAGACUUUUAUAUGAAAAUACAGAAAAAGAUCUUUCUAAUACUCAGCGAUACCUUGCAAAGAAAAAAUAUGAGCUACAGCCUACUCAGGGGAAAAUUAUGCGCUUGAAUGAAAAAAUUGAUAAUUUUACAAGGCGAAGUAUUGCCCGGCAAGAAGAAAUUAGCACUCUUGGUGCAACCUUCAAUGAUCUGGCUAAAGAAAAGGAAUGCCCACGUGCACGGUCGGAUAAAAAAUCCGAGAAUAUUGCAUCCCGUGGAGAGAAUUUGACACUGAAAGAAAAGGCCAUUUCAGGCAUGAAGAAUAUUAUCCCUGAGACAAAACAGGCAUCAAGGCAGUCUACUGAAGUGCUGAUUAAGCGUAAACAAGACAUUUCCAGGAUGCGCCGCCAGUUGGAUGAAACAAAAGAUGAACUGGCUCAGAUUGCCAGGAAAAGAGAGAUCUUGGCUCGUAAGAAUGACAAUCUCCAAGAACAGUUUUCUAAAGCUAAAAAAGAAAACAAGGCACUGUCUAAACAAUUGAAUGAUACACAUAAUGAACUUAAUGAUAUAAAACAGAAGGUCCAAGAUACUAAUUUGGAGGUUAACAAGCUAAAAAAUACAUUAAAGUCUGAAGAAUGUGAGAACUGGCAAAAGAUGGGCCAAGUCCAAAAAGCCAACAAAGAUGCUGAAAACUUGGAAAAUAAGGCUGAGCAAGCAGAGGCAGAUAACAAUACCUUCAGCUUAGAACUUAUCUCUAAAAAGGUAGAUACCCUCCAUAGAGAGGUCGAGCAGCACUUGAAUGCAGAAAGGUCUUACAAGUCCCAGAUUUGUACCUUACAUAAGUCUCUUGUGAAGAUGGAAGAGGAGCUUCAGAAGGUUCAGUUAGAAAAGGUGUCUGCCCUUGCAGACUUGUCUUCCACAAGGGAACUUUGUAUUAAACUUGACUCAAGCAAAGAAAUUCUUAAUCGACAGCUGGUUGCCAAAGAUCAAGAAAUUGAAAUGAUGGAGAGUGAGUUAGAUUAUGCUCAUUCUGAACUAGAACUCCUCAGGAGUCAGAUGACAAAUGAGAGAAUCUCCAUACAGAAUCUAGAAGCUUUGCUGGUGACCAAUCAAGACAAAGAAUAUCAGUCUCAGAUAGCACUUCAAGAAAAAGAAUCUGAAAUUCAGCUUCUUAAAGAACACCUUUGUUUGGCAGAAAAUAAAAUGGCCAUCCAGAGCAGAGAUGUGGCCCAGUUCAGGAAUGUUGUCACGCAACUGGAAGCUGACUUAGACAUCACCAAAAGACAGCUAGGGACCGAGCGCUUUGAAUGGGAGAGAGCUGUGCAAGAACUUCGCUGCCAGAAUUACUCCCUCAGUGCUUAUCAUUUGAGUCCUACAAUAAAGCCAAAUACAAAAUGUCGUUCACCGGAACGUGACCAGCACUGACCUGACCGAGGCCUGGAGCGAUCACUAGAAGGGUGA